ACUCUGUUUCGCCUUAGGUGACUUCCUGAAGGUGAAGGUCAGACGAUUACAACGUAGUGGGUAAAUACAUUUCGUCCAAUCGAAUUGACAAAUCGUGGAGGAUUGGCCUAAUUGUCGGACAACAUUUUAUCGUUAUUCUUAAACUUCAUCUUUCAGUAUUGAGUAAAAUCAGGUAACAAUGUCUGAGAAGAAAUGUCCCGUAGCUGGUAGCAGCCCUUUCCGUAACUGGCAGAGACCGGACCUGCCCAGUAAAUGCACAUACUACGAGGCUAAGUCCAUGAAAGACUCCCCUCACAACCACAAGGAGUUAAAACCCAAACCAAAGAUCAUGCCUAAUGUCCUGUACAAUAUUGGUAACACUCCACUGGUUAGGAUCAACAGAAUAACAAAGGAAGAAGAUCUCCAGUGUGAUAUUUAUGCUAAGUGUGAAUUUUUCAAUGCUGGUGGGAGUGUGAAGGACAGGAUAGGACUGAGGAUGAUAGAGGAUGCUGAGGCAGCAGGUCAUGUAAAACCCGGGGACGUCCUCAUAGAGCCAACCUCAGGCAACACAGGUAUUGGUAUUGCCUUGGCUGCUGCUGUGAAAGGAUAUAGAUGCAUAAUUGUGAUGCCUGAAAAAAUGAGUAUGGAAAAGGUUGAUGUCUUGCGAGCUCUUGGUGCCGAAAUUGUGAGAACUCCCACCAGUGCCGCCUUUGAUUCCCCGGAGUCUCACAUUGGGGUGGCUAAAAGACUGAUGGAGGAAAUUCCCAACUCACACAUUCUUGAUCAGUAUCGCAAUGCAAGCAAUCCCCUGGCUCACUUUGAUGGCACUGCUGAGGAAAUUCUCCAGGCUUGUGAUGACAGAGUAGAUAUGGUGGUAGUGGGAGCUGGUACAGGUGGAACUCUCACUGAAGUCGCACGUAAAAUAAAGCUCAGAUGUCCCAACUGUAAAGUAAUUGGUUUAGAUCAGGGGUCUGUCAUUGCAGAACCAGAGUCCCUGAACAAGUCAGACACCACUUUCUAUGAGGUGGAGGGUGUGGGGUAUGAUUUUAUCCCCACCGUGUGUGACAGAAAGCUGGUUGAUAAAUGGUACAAGUCCAAUGAUAAGGAAUCUUUCAUCAUGGCUAGACGAAUGAUAAGGGAAGAAGGGCUACUUUGUGGUGGGAGCUCUGGUUCAGCAAUGUCUAUUGCCAUUAAGGCAGCGAAGGACUUUGGACUGAGGGAAGGACAGAGAUGUGUGGUGAUCCUGCCAGACUCCAUCAGGAACUAUAUGUAA